AUGGAUCUCGCUGCGGAGGUGGGCCAUUUUGCGCUCCUGGACGAAGAACGAUUUGAGUCCCUUGUGAAUGCGUUUGAGGCUCAGGGUGUUACCUCCCAGGAGCUUCUGCUGUGGUCUGUGCAGGACAUUGCGAAGAAGAUAGGACGCCCUGAACAAGACGUGAAGGCAUUUGUUUCGGACCUAAAGCAACAUCUUCAGCAAAGUCUCCCAAAACCACAAAAAAUUAAGGACAACAUUCCGCAGCAGGCCUGGUUUACCACUGGUGAUGAAAAGCUCGAUAAAGCUCUUAAUGGAGGCAUUCCGUGCGGGUGUCUCGUGGAGAUCAGCGGAGGCUCUGCGACGGGAAAAUCUAAUUUCCUGAUGACGUUAAGCAUGACCAGCCAGCUGCCGCUUGAGUUUGGCGGGCUGGGGCCGUCACUGUUUGAGGAAAGGCGAAAACCCGUCCAGACCAUGUACAUACCUACCGAGAGCGCGCUGAGCACAAGGCGUCUGAGCCAGAUAUCCAGCCAUUACAAGGAGCUUCUUCGAGCGAACGGGAUUGAGGAAAGUGCGGUAUAUCCACAGAUGGAAAACGUGAUCACCCCGUCAAUUGCCAUCUCUGACCUCGAGCGCCAAGACCGGUGUAUUUUUUUCCAACUACCAUUGCUACUUCAGCGAAAUAAAAAUGUCAAGGUGGUGAUACUGGACUCAGUCACACACCAUAUCCGAGCCGAGCUGCCUGUGGAACAACGACGGUCGUAUAUUAUCAAACUCGGGCGGUUUUUGCGGAAAAUGUGCAACGAGCACGACGUGACUGUCAUUGUGUCAAACCAGAUGACAGACAAGCCGUUGGGGGACAUCAUCAGUGACGAGGUAUUUCUCAAGAUGAACGCAGACUACCAGCUGGGCUGGUGCUAUGGCUGGGACGAGGUCGGGAUCGUUUAUCGCCAGCUGUGCUCGCGCAAUAAGCAGGACUUCGACACCUACGACGAGAUAGACUACUCAGAAUAUUCUGGAGACUCGAGCACGCAGGAAACGUCUCAGAGGAGCUCCACACCGAUAUGGGACCAGCUCAAGACCGAGCGGAAGAAAAUGUUCGAGUCCAAAUACAGGAGUAAAGUGUCCAAAAUCAAGACCGUGCCCGCCCUUGGACUGGACUGGCUCAAUUUUCUCGAUGCCCGCAUAUCUUUGAUCAAAGACUAUAAACCAAUACUCAAUGAGCAGAUGAUAGAGGAGUUCAGCGAAGACCUAGGCAUCGACUCGUCCUUUUUGCGCUCUCAGGAGGACGACGACAACGGCAACCCGAGCACCGAGUCCAAGCGCAAAAGCGUGGCGGAGAUGCUGAUGUCCAACGACUAUCUGGCCAAUUACAAUUUUGAGACUCAGCGAAAGCUGCUCAUUGUCUUUAGUCCUCUUGUGUCCAGCGCACGCCAACGCGAGUGUAUCUUCGAGAUAUGGAACGGGGGCAUCAGAUGUCCUUAA